AUGGGCCACGUGCCCAAAUUUUGGACUCAGUAACAAAAGUAAGGCCCACUAGCCCAUUAUCGCAGUUUUCUUCUGAAGUUACCUUCCCUCUUCAUUCUUCUUCUUCUUGUUCACUAAACCAUUUAGAUUCAAGUUCCUUUGAAGGUUCAUUUAUCUUGUGUUGUGUGCUGUUUGACUAGUAAUCAAUAUGGCAUAUGAUAUUGAUGAGAUGAAGAAGAUUGGCAUAGGGCUAAUUGGUUUUGGCAUCUUCUUCACAUUUCUUGGCAUAAUUCUUUUCUUUGACCGUGGUUUGCUUGCUCUGGGAAAUAUAUUUUGGUUGGCAGGGGUAGCAAUUUUACUUGGUUGGCGUUCCAUGUGGUCACUCUUCACUAAUAGAGCAAACUAUAAGGGUACUGCGUCAUUUCUUCUAGGCCUCUUUUUCAUUUUCGUGAGAUGGCCAGUAGUUGGUAUAAUAAUUGAAAUAUAUGGCUGUGUUUUCCUCUUCGGCGGUUUUUGGUCGUCUAUCAAAGUGUUCCUCUACCAUAUUCCAGUUGUUGGAUGGAUUAUACGGUUUAUUGCGCCUCCUUGAUUAUUGCAGAAGGAGAUUUUGAUUGUUGCUUCUUACUCUAUGGUUCAUAAAGGGGUUUAGAUUACCAUGAUGUUAGUAACUUUUCUGAUGAUUUGUGUAUGUUGUUAAGCUAGCUUUUCUAAUUGUUUGCCAUAAGGCAAAUAACCAUCUUUUAAUGAGAUUUGUCCUGAAAUGUAAUUAAGUUUCAAUGUAAACAAGAACAAAGAUACAAGCGGGUUAUAUUGUUUAGUUGUCUACUACCACAAAGGCUCAUAUGUUGUUUAGUUGUCAACUAGCAUGAAGGCUCACUCCUGAUGUAGACAGUACAUGUUUGAACUGGCGGUGAAUUUGACAUAAUCACAGUGUACUACCAUGGUUUUGGCAAAAACCACACAUUUAAGUUUCAGCAAAACAUUUUCAUGA